GGCGGGACCGGCCCGCCCCGGCUCGGUAGGCAGCGGGCAGGCCGGGCCGGGCGGCGCUGCCUCUCCGUGCCCGCGGGAGCCUCGACCGCCGCUGCCCCCCGCACUGGCGGCGCCAUGGCGCGGCGCGGGGCGGCGGCGGGCGGCGAUGUCUGCAUGUGCCAGACCGUCUUCCCGGCCCACGCCAACCAGCGCGGGGAGCUGAGCGCCGGGCAGCUCCUCAAGUGGAUGGACGCCACCGCCUGCCUGGCAGCUGAGAAACAUGCUGGUGUGUCUUGCGUGACAGCGUCUAUGGAUGACAUACAGUUUGAAGAGGCUGCCAGGGUUGGACAAAUUAUUACCAUCAAAGCAAAGGUGAACAGAGCAUUCAAAACCAGCAUGGAGGUUGGCAUCAAGGUUAUAGUACAGGACAUUUUGACUAAUGUUGAAAAAAUUGCGAGUGUGGCAUAUGCAACAUACGUAGCCAAACCACUGGGUGCUGGAAAGAUUGAAUUAGAUCCUGUAAAGCUUCUGUCUACGGAAGACCAGUUGGAGCACACCCUGGCUAUUGAGAGAAGAAGAAUCCGACUGGGCUAUGAACAGCUCUUUCAGAACCUAAUGCGGGAGAGUAAUAAGGAAGUUAUCUUUGAAGAGGAAGGUGCAGUUUCAACUGACCUUACUUAUGUACAGAGUAUUGAGCUUGUCCAGCCUCCUCAUGCUAACCAUCAUGGAAACACUUUUGGUGGCCAGAUCAUGGCUUGGAUGGAAGCAGUGGCAAGUAUUUCAGCAAGCCGCCUUUGUCGUUCAUAUCCCAUCUUGAAAUCAGUCAAUAUGUUUAAAUUCUGGGGACCAUCCGUCGUGGGUGACCGCCUUGUCUUCAAUGCAAUUGUGAACAAUACAUUUCAGAAUAGUGUGGAGGUUGGUGUCCGUGUUGAGGCUUAUAACUGUGAAGAAUGGAUCAAGGACCAAGCACGGCAUAUUAACAGCGCGUUUCUCAUUUUUAACACUGUAAAUGACAAAGGAGAGCUGCUCACCUUCCCCAGAAUAAAACCUACUACAAAGGAUGGUUUGAGGCGAUAUCAUGGAGCUAUUGCCCGAAGGAGAAUUCGAUUAACCAGAAAAUGCAUGCUGUCCGCUAAACAAGACAAACCUUCUGAUCCCUGGGAGAGAAGCAACCAGGCAUAUGUGAGUUACAGCAAUAUAGCUGCACUGACACACCUGGCAGCAAAACCUGGAUGGGAAAUAACCCGUACACUGGAUGAUAUAAAAAUAUGGACUCAUGAGGAGGGUGAUAUGCUGUCACUCAAAGUUGAAAUGCAAGUGAAGAUACCGUCACAUCUAGCUUUCUCCCUUUUGUCUGACUUCAGAUUCCGCCAACAAUGGGACAAACAUUUCUUAACUUGUGAGGUCCUACAGGCUGUGAAUGAAGAUGAGAAAAUAUAUUAUGUUACAUCUCCACCCAUCACUGGCCAUAAACCCAGAGACUAUGUGAUUCUUGUAUCUCAAAGGCAACCCUGUAAGCCAAGUGAACCCUACAUAGUAGCCGUUAAGUCAGUUACCCUCACAUCUAUGCCACCUUCUGAAGAAUACUGCAGAAGUGAAAUCCUUUGUGCCGGAUUCCAGAUCUACAGUGACAGCAACAGCUCCUGUACAGUGUGUUACUUCAAUCAAGUGACAUCAGGUGUUAUGCCGUAUUUAGCUGCAAAUCUUACUGGCUCAUCAAAAUCCAUUGAAGACACUGCUUUGGAAUGUAUAAAGUUCUUGGAGCUGAAAGACAGCAAGUGCUGAAGUUAAAAACAGAUUUCUGAAGAGACCUCUAAAGAUUAUCAAGCAGUACUGGUUUAUAUUCCUGCAUGUACGUUGAUCGUUUUUCUACAGGUUAGUUACUUUGGAUCAUGUAGUCGAUACUGGGCUUGAUCCUGAGAAUAUCUAGUACAAGCAUUUUCUAUCAAAUUAAGAUUAGGCUUUAGGUUCUAAAUUCAGUUUUUAAUUUUAGAAAAAUGAAGGGACAGAUUCUGCUUUUGAUUGCAUUAAUGGAUUUCAUAUAAGUGGAGGCGGAACUUGGCCAAGUAGAACUGUAUCUCAUGAGACCAUUUCACUAUUUUAACGUUAUAUCGCACGUAAUGCCAUCCAGUCAGUUUUAAAUCAGUAAAUACCAUCCUGUGUAACUUAAAGAGAUGUGGUGCUACUAAGUAGCUUAUCCAGUGCUCUGACCUGGUUGUCCAGGUUCUUGCAUACCUACUAAAUAAUAAAUUGAUUACACCCCACAUAAGUUAGUGUUUGCUCAUUGUAUUGGGUCUGCCUGAGCCCCACAGCAGCCCUCACAGCGCUGUGCUUUGUAUUGGUGGCUAGAAAGGUGGUGACAGCACACCAGUGUUUUGGCCGCUGCUGAGGAGCACUGGCACAGCACCCAGGCUGGCUCUUCAGCAUUCCCCCCCUCACCUGGGGUGAGCAAGAUCUUGGGAGGGGACACAGCCAGGACAGCUGACCCAAAGUGACCAAAGGGAUAUUUCAAACAAUAUGGUGUCUGCUCAGAUAUAAAAGCCAAGAGAAAGGGGGAGGAAGGCGGGGCAUUUGUUAUGUAGAAUGCUUGUCUUCUGGAGCAACCACUACAUGUACUGACACCGUGCUUCUUGGGAAGUGGCUGAACAUCGCCUACUGAUGGAAAGUAGAGAGUAACAUCUUUUGUUUUCCUUCGUUUCCAUGCGUGUGACUUUUCCUGUUGCUUCAUUAAAUGGCCUUUAUCUUGACCCACAAGCUUUUCAUCUUAUUUUCUUCCCCCCCAGUUCUGCUGAGAAGGGGAGUGAUAGAGCGGCUUGGUGGGCACCUGGCAUCCACCACACUGAUGUUUGUACAUUAUCUGUUAAUACUUGUAGUUUAUCUGUGACUUCCAAUAAAUUACUGUUUCUGAGGUUGCAAA